AUGUCCCAGAAGAGUAAGCGUCUUCUGCAGUAUCGAAGACACCCAAAUGUAAGCCUUGGUCAAUCCAAUCAAUAUUUCCAUGUUGUGUUCAUGACAGCUGAUCCAUGUAGCGCUGUAAAUGUGUUGCCAAAUAUGGACAAACGAGGACUCAACGACCAUCCAAACAAAACCCAUCCAAUUGACGACCGUUACAACAUUCCCAGCGGCGGACGUUGGUACAGAGUUGAGGGACAAGAAAUGCUUACUAACAUAUCUACUAUUGGAUUACAGACGUGCGGCACUACCUUCCCUAUAUACCUGGAUGGAAACGUACCAAAAGAAAAAGACGGAUUAGUAAACGGAACAGCGUGCGUUAUUACCUUCGGUGACAUGUGUGCUCAUCCACAGACUAUCAAGUUAAAAGCAUGUCAGGAUUUCACCGCGUAUUUCCUUCUCCCUCCUCUUGGUACCGCAUCAGCGUAUUGUUUUGUUGCCAAAGAAAGCAGCAGUACAGCGCCUACUUAUGUCAUUCCGAAGCCAACGGUAUCGCCCAAACUAGUGACGGAGGGAAUCUACCAAAGACUACAUUUUAUUUGUACAUUUGUUCCAUCACAUGAAGACCUGUAUUAUCAAGUCUUUUGGUUCAUCGAUGGAAAUCCAAUAUAUGUGUCGAAGUUGGCACAGAAAACUGCCCUAGAAACGCUAAAACUUCAGGAAAAAACAGGACAACUUGAAAAGCUUGGCAUUAAUGUUGCAUGUUCUGUUCGUUCUAAGAAUAAACCGGAAGGCGUACCUGGACCUAUGUCAUCGAAAAGUGAUCAGUUCUAUGCUGGAAUCACGGUAAAAACGCCAACAGUAACGGUUUAUCGCGGUGCCACAACACAUAAACCAUCGUACAUUUCAGUGAAACCCACCGUACCUAUUGGUUGUCCAACGAUAUUGGACCAAUGUUUUGUUACCGUCGAAGUAAACAUCCCAUCCCAAUACCAGCAUUGUACGGGAAGUCUUGGCACGGUACAGCAAACGAGCAACAAUGGUUGCGGUGUAAAGAUUAGUCAUCAGGACUGGGAUAAGGAACAUAAACUUGAAGUGUUCUGGGUUGAUAAUCAGGCAUAUAGUAUUGAUUCAGACAGCUAUAAAGUCAGUAUGAGUACCACUGUGAACGAUUAUCGUCCCAUAUGGGGUCAACUGAGUCUUUCUGACGUCAGUGUCCAGGUCAGCGACCAGACUCACAUAUGGAAAGGAAAAGAAUGCCAUGCUAUCUGUGACCCACAUAUGCACACGUUUGAUAAUCGCUACUACGAUAAUCAGAACCCCGGGACUUUUGUACUAUAUGAGCACGAUGAUCACUCUAGGAAGGUGCAGGUACAAAUGAAAGUCACGUCCUGUAACUCUCCUCUUCACGUUUAUUGUGUCUGUGCUAUUGCUGCCCGUGCUGGUGGUGAUGUGUUUGUCAUCGACCGAUGUCCAGGUGUCUACCGACCAAUAUUUGAAUUCCGCUCAUGUAAAGAUCACAUUCUUGAUGUUAGGAAAAUCAAUGAGAAUGACUACAAGAUUUAUUUCCCAAGUGGAAGUUACCUUAAUGUUAAUCUGCGGCAUUACACUGGGAAGGAUGUGAUGGAUCUGCACCUGUAUCCUUCGACCUCUGACGCAGACCACACUCAAGGAUUAUGUGGCACACUGAAUGGCGACAAAAAUGACGAUUUUCAAACUCCAGAUGGAACUCUUGCCGGAAAUGCAAAUAGUUUCUCAGUGUCCUGGAGAGUUCAAGACAAGGACAACCUAAUAACCAUGAAUGCGGAUUCAUUGGAUAAGCUGGACAGCUGGAAUAAAACCGUACAGUUUUGCACAUGUAAUGCACCGAAUAACAUUGACGCACCAAUAAACAAUAUCACGUGUUCCCAAAGUACUAUAGCAACUUGCGUAAAGAAAGAUGAAGCUUCUGUCAAAAAGCAACAACGGUGUAGGGUGAAGAAUACCCGUGCGCUACGGAAAGAGUCAGUGAUGACGUCACCAGGACAUUUUAGUAGACGACAGGUAAGAGAAGUACGUCGACUGUGGAAUGAAUCCUCUGCGAGAACGUAUUGUGAGACGUUUUUACAAAAGUCUUCAUCAUUCGAGGCAUGCUCCAGGGACAUAACCGUCACCAAUCCUCAGUCUUCAAUAGACACGUGUGUUCUCGACAUAAUGGCUACCCAAACAACCAUAUGGGCUACCUCUGCUAGGGAAGCUCUGAAGUCCGUCUGUCUGAAGGAACUCAAACAGAACACAACGUACCAGGAGGAAGAUUCGGAUGACCAGCCCUCCAUUUCCCAGCAAAUCAAGGAGAUCACGUGUCCGAACGAGUGUAGUGGACAUGGACAGUGUAACAAUGGAACAUGUACAUGUGAUGAAAACUUUGGAGCUGCUGAUUGUUCUGUCGACGUUCGUGUACCUCCUCAUAUUUACGGUGUUAAUAUGGACUCCAAUGGUACUUGUGAUAUCCGUACUUGUGAUUCGGCGAUUGUUGAAGGGGAGACCUUUGUAGAAUUUGGGAACCUCACUUGUCACUAUGAACUAGUUGCGAUAAAUUUGAAUGGUACCGUGGCGUUUGCUACCAAUAUGACAUAUCCUGGUCAGUUAAACACUCUAGUUGAGGUAUUUUGUCCUCUGCCGGAUGUAUGGAGUAAACGUGCAUCUGGCCGUUCAACGGAUGUAUUUAGUCCAUUUCCAUUCGUUUAUCGGUGGUCAGUUGGAGUCAGUAAUGACGGAGAACAUUUUGGAGAACAGACAGAACUGAUUGUUUACAAUGCGGAGUGCCAGAUUAUAGUUGAUGUCAACCAAUCACUUUUUGAUUUAAAGGAUGAGUAUUGUUUUAUUAGAGGCAUUUGCGCACACGACGGAGAAACGGACGUAUCUGACCAGUGUUCCGUGUGUACGCUUAGUCUCACACGAUUCGAAUGGAGUAAGAAUUAUGAUAACUGUCUAAUUGGUGGACUUUGUGUGGCCAAUAAUUCUGUCAAUACUCAAGACAUGUGUUCUAUAUGUGAUGUUGCUGUAUCUACUGAAGCGUGGAGCCACAAUCCAGUGUCAACACAAACAACAAGGGAACAAGAAACUCCAAACACGACAGGCCAACACACAACACAAAAAACAACACAAAAACCAGAGAUACAGGAGACACAACACCACCUCACAACACAAAUAACAACACAAAAACCAGAGAAACACGAGACACAACACCACCUCACAACACAAAUAACAACACAAAAACCAGAGAAACACGAGACACAACACCACCUCACAACACAAAUAACAACACAAAAACCAGAGAAACACGAGACACAACACCAAGUCACAAUAACCCAAACGACAAAAGUACAUGUAACCUCGAAAGCACAGCACCAAACUAAAACAACACCUUAUUCCGUUCACAAUGUUACAAUUGGUACUACACACAGCAUUCAAGGCGAGACCGGAGAAGCGGACAAGGAAAGUGUCAAAAAGUCUAUAUCGAAAGCUUGGAUAGCAGGGCCUAUCAUAGGAUUUUUAUUAAUUGUCAUGGUGAUCGGUGCAAUUUUAUAUCGGCGAGGAAAAAGGAAUGUGGACAUAAACUAUAAAGUAACCUAUGUGGCGUCUGCGUCUUGA